GAGCUUUUGCGCCACAUUGUAAACACCCUGUAUUUUUGUAGAGGAGCAACAGAUUUCAAAAAAAUUGAAAUUUGAUCUUUUUUUCCUAAAAAAAUGCACCGCUUGUUUAUUAUUUCCCCGCGUUUCGUCUGAAAACACUUUUCUUUAAUUUCACCCAUUCAUUAAAACUUUCUAACGAGCCAAUUUGUGUAAUUUCCUCGGGCCGGAAAUUCCGCACAAGUUCAAGUUUAUGUAAGAAGUGUAACCGACCCAUUGACCUAGAAAAUCUGCACUGAGAAGAAGAUGCUCGAAACUGUUAGUCGUGCACGUGCUCCCCGACAAAACUCCUCACAAAAAUGAGGAAACUUUGCUUUCUUCUCCUCGAAUUCAUAACGGCAACGCCAAUGUUGCCGAACUUUGACAUUUGGAACGACAACAACAAUCGAGUCGCUCACCCCGAAAUGAACAUCUCACGACUACCCAAAGUUUUGAAUUUUUUCCCGGUGCCUGUGGAAGAGGAGUGCCUCUCGAACGACCAACGCCGGAAAGGCAUUUGCAUGAACGCGUACGAGUGCAAAAUCGAAGGCGGGACUUCCCACGGGCCUUGCGCACUCGGCUUCGGCGUGUGCUGCGUCUUCACUGCAACUUGCAACGAAGAAAUCCACAACAACAUCACAUAUUUCGUGAACCCCCAUUUCCCCGAUUUAUCCAAAGACAUGGAGUCUUGCUCCCUCACUGUCAAAAAAAUCGACCCCGAAAUAUCGCAGUUUCGGCUCGAUUUCAUCCACUUCAACUUGGGUCAACCGAACCGAAAAACCGGCGUUUGCGAAGACGAUAUUUUUGUCUUAAACGGUGGACGUAGGCAAUUGAAACUGUGUGGUUUAAACAGCGGCCAACACGCCUACUUCGACGUCGAGAACAUGGACUCGGUGGCCACCAUUGAAAUGAAACUGAGCAAAAAAGCAGUGACGCGUUUAUGGGAAGUCCGGGUUACACAAAUCCCCUUUACCCAACGGGCCCCAGUUGGCUGUUUGCAGUACCAUACGGGAACCACCGGAACCCUCAAAACGAUGAAUUUUGCCGAAAACGGCCGACAUUUGGCCGAUCAAGACUACAAUAUUUGCAUCAGACAGGAGCAAGAUAUGUGCAGUAUAGUCUACGAGCCGUGUCACGAAAACGCGUUCCGAAUAUCGCCGAAUAAUGACGAUAAUGUGACCGAGGACGUGGGUUCGGGGGAAACACCCGAACCAAGAGCCGACGAGUGCUCGGAUAAAGUCGUCUUGCCGUGCGAUUCCGAGGAUUUGUUAAUGCCGCAAGAUGUCGGGCCCGGUUUUUGUACGUUGGUCCACUGCGGGGAAUCCCUGUGUCCGGCCGGGGAAACCCCUUGUCGCAUCGAAAGCAGCAUCACGCCGUUCAUGAUCGGGGUCCACUUCGGGCCCAACGCCAGGGAAGCCCCGGCCGAUGACAAUCUAGGAAUGUGUCUCAAUUACGAGCAAAUGCCAUGUAACGUGUGAUUUUAAUAAUUUAUUUAUUGUCAAAAAAACUAGUCAAAUAUAAAAAUUAGGAAUG